UUCAAGUGCACUGAAGGUGAAAUGAUUCUGGCGAAAAAAACGCUUCGCAUGUGGCGAUCGAUCGUACGGUAGUGUAGGUCGCCGAGCGGAGAUUGGGAAGCAGACGUUGCUUCGUCCGAUACGUACAUCUACCUUUCCUAUGGCUGCACGAUGGCACUUGGCCCCCAAGGUCAUCCGAAGCAACAUGCAGCAACUCCUAACCAUGCAUGUUCCAACCAUCAGCCCGUUUCGAACUACAUACUGAGCAACCGUUUGCGGAUAAUCGUCGAUCCUCAGAGGCGAAACCUGCCUGCGGAAGCGGGACAGGUUCGGUACAGUAACGCUUGGAGCUGCGCCGCCGUUGGCACGGGAGAGACGGGCGUUAGCAUGGUCAACAACCUCUUCACCGCCUUGCACAACGGUGACAACAAGUCAGCAGAGCGCCUAUUAAAGCGUGCAACAGCUGAUCACUUAAACCGACGGGACAGGCCAGCCACCUGCGAUUGUCCUCACGCACCAGAAGCCUGCGUGCCCCAGCAAUACAGAGAACUCCAGAGACCGGGUCGUGGGCGAUGUUGGCAAGCCAUUUCUUGUUCAAGACACGCUGAGCAUGGAAGUUCGAUCGCCAGUAGUCCAGAUAUAGCCGCUCAUGCUCCACACACCAAGUCGGCAACUGCCCGGUCACCACGCCGUCGUCUGUACAAGUGUUGGUGGAAUAUGCGCUCAUCUGUGCCUGAUUCGGCGGUGCUGGCAGAGGGAUUGGCACAGCACCCGUGACUGCGUUGGCAACUCCCCGUUGGCAACUGAUUAACAGCUGCUCGCGGAUUUGGCACUUGUCGCAAAGCCUACACCAA